CACCGAAACAGGAAGUCGUCUUGAUAGAAUUUCCUGCCUGCUAACAGCUCGAAGAUGAGUUUCCACCCAUCAGCGACGCAAGAAAUCCACAAAUAACGGAAGCUUUGCAUUGGUAUCGGAGCGUUGUGCCCCCUCUCCUGCUGCAGGGCCCCUAACUGGCCCCCUACUCGGAGGCCUCCCAGGGUGCGCGCUCCUGCUGCUGGCUCAACUGAAAGCCCAGCUAGCACUGACGCAGAUAAACAACGCUUUCACCGUCCGCAGCCGACCGUCGAACUUGACAACCAAUUCAAACACCCUUGCUCCCUUUAUACCCACGACAGCCCCCUCCCCAACUGCAGCGGCGAUCAACCUCCUCAACCUUCUGAAGAUCACAAACGCCAUGUCCCAUCCAAUGUACAACCCCUAUGCCCAUGGGAACCAAAGUUCCUCCCAGGGGCAGUAUGGACUCCCUAACAUCCCGGCAGAGAGGGACCCUCGGAGGGUAGCCUCUCACCUUCUUCCUGGGUCUGGCUUCGGCCCUGCCGGAGCUUCUCCUGCGGCUCCUGCGGCUCCUACCAAAUCUAGGGCGAUGCUCCCAUCACUGCUGUCCCCAUCACUGCUGCUCCCAUCACUGCUGUCCCCAUCACUGCUGCCCCCAAACAUGAGCUACAGGCCUGACCAGGGUCGGGCCAACAUAGAUGAGAACAUAGAGAGGUCCAUAGACAUGCAAAUUAGCAGGGCCAGAGAGGAGGUGAGGCUUCUUAACCAACCAACACAUCCGCCCAUAGACCAGGGCCCUCGCUAUACCAGCCCUCCAAGCGAGGGGUUUCUCUCCUCACAAGGCACAGGGAGGUCCUCCUACCCAAUGCCCUCCAUCUCUGCCUCUGUAGGACAAAGACAAUCAGGAGCUGAAAGUGGCAGUAGCUCAAUGGACUGGUCAUCACUCUACAAAAGGCCCCCUUCUGAAGAUUACAAUACAUUUUAUCCACCACCUGCUUCGUCCAACUAUGCAAGCGCUGAUAACGGUAGGUUCAAUGCCUCCAGUGAAAGAGAACGUGACAGGCAGUCCAUUCCAGGCUUAGGUGAUGGUUUUGACUACCCACGGCCAGAUAAACCUGCUCCUGCGCCUACAGAGUCCAGUCGACCCAAGUACACCUCUGAAUCAGCGUCCAACAUCCUUGUGCACUUUGGACUUCAGAAAGAGGACUUGGAACAUCUCAUCUCCUACCCCGAAGACCAGAUCACCCCCGCUAACCUGCCGUUCAUCUUGAGGCAAAUCCGCAUUGAGAAGACCAAGAAAGCCACGGAUGACUCUCAGGCAAAACCCCAACCCCCCAGAACUGUGAGUGGAUUGGACAGUCAACAUUUGAGCAGUUCUGGAGGGCCAAGGAUGCGGCAGGAGGAAACAUCAUCAGCUGUUAACCAGCUAAGUAAAGUGAUAGACUAUGGACAUACUGGCAAAUAUACAGGAGAUGAGAUUGGGAGAGCCAGUGGUGGUAGUGGAAGUCUGAUGCAAAUGGACACUUACGAUAGUAGCAGACGCAGUCAAGAACUACUGCAAACAAGCUCAGCGGAGGUGAAAAGCAGUGCUUUGGGUUCUUCACGAGGCCAGACGAGCUCUAUUUCCAGUCUCAGUUCUUCAUACGGUUCACGACUGAGCUCUGGGGCUCCCCAAAUCCAUGAUCAGACUAAACGAUUGCCGAACCCGCCAAAUCAGACUCCCCAAUCCCAUCUCAGCUCUUUCUCUCUGCCGAAGAAAGACACGGACAUCAGGCUUCUCAAGUCUGAGCCCCCUAAACACGGUACUUUGAAAGAACUACCUGCAGAUCGGCAGCCGACGUCCAAAACCCAACCACCUGUUUCUCAGUACCACGGUGUGCAUCCCAGCAGACCUGGCCUGGUGCUCAUUGGCAGUAAUCAGGCCAGUGGCACCAAGGUUCAGGGUAAAACUCAAGGACAAGGGUCUACAGUUCCGGAGCAGAUGAAAAAGCAGAUGCAGCCGAUGCAGCAGCAGAUGCAGCCGAUGCAGCAGCCGAUGCAGCAGCCGAUGCAGCAGCCGAAGCAGAUGCAGCAGCCGAUGCAGCAGCCGAUGCAGAUGCAGCAGCCGAAGCAGAUGCAGCAGCCGAUGCAGCAGCCGAAGCAGCAGCCGAAGCAGCAGCCGAUGCAGCAGCAGAUGCAGCAGCCGAAGCAGCAGCCGAUGCAGCAGCCGAAGCAGCAGCCGAAGCAGCCGAGGCAGCAUCAGGUUCAGCAGCAAAUACCGCUGAUAGGACAAUCUCUGUGGCCACCAGGUUAUUCUGUGACUGGUGUCAUGCAGCAUCCUGGUGGUGUUUUCCCUGCCAGUGAUCCUCCAGCUGCAACACAGCAGAUCCCGGGCCCGAUGAACCUCCCUCCUCCGCCGGUGCCAGCAUCCAAGACGCAGACUCAAGCAGUUCAUCACGUCCCCAUACGUAUGCUGUCUGUUGCCAUGAUGCAUGACUAUGCGGCGGCCUCGCCGAGAAUCUUUCCACAUACCUGUUCUCUGUGUAACAAAGAAUGUACUCGUAUGAAGGAUUGGAUCUCACACCAGAACACCGCCCUUCACCUUGAGAACUGCAGACUCCUCCGAACACAACAUCCACUGUGGGAUGGUGAGAUAGGGUUCAAGUCCAGUGCUGCAGGUAAAGAUACCAAGCCCUCGCCCAAAACCUCUUCACAGUCUUACCAGCAGCGUCAGAAAACCAGACGUGGAAGCCGCUCUCGUUCUUAUUCCCAUUCGCCAAGCCCCCGUCGCCAUGGCUCGGAGGGUAAAAGGGAAAAACGCAGGAGUUCAUCACGCUUGCCGCACAGCUCCAGACACAAUCGCAGGUCCCGGUCUCGUUCAUUUUCUCCACGGUAUAACUCCUCCCGCUAUCGAUCACGAUCAAGGAGCUCUGAGAGAAAAUGGUCGCCAAGGAGAGACGACCAAAUGUCCUCACCAUGGAGGAGAUACGACAGACGAUUAUCUCCAAGGAGUAGCCACGAGAGAUGGUCAUCUCCGAACAAUAGCCGCGAGAGACUAUCACCUCUGAAGGGAAAUGACGAGAGACGAUCGCCAACAAGGAGGAAUCGGCAAAAGAGGGCAAGCAGUGCAGAAAACCUGGCUAAGAAACUCCUGGGAGCAACAGCUGCGCAGUCUUUGGCGAACCCUUCUGACCUGGAAGCCGUGGUUAAAUCUCUGGCUCCUGCCUUACUGGCCGAGCUAGCCAAGCUGAAGUCUUCAAAUGCAUCUUCCUCAGCCUCCACCUCAGCAACAGCAGGAAAGCCUAGGACAAAAAAGCCCUCUAAGGAUGCUGAAGUUCUACCUGAAAACGUUGUGAUGCUCAGAUGUGUUCCUAGAUCCCUAUCUUACACAGAUAUCAAGAAUGCCGUGGAGCACUUUGGAAAAACAAAUUCAAUUAUAAUGUUUCGAUCCACAAGUGAGGCAGUGGUGCGUUUCGAGAAUGCAGCAGACGCUCCGAAAUUAAGGAUCCUUAAGGACUUUGUGGUGAAAGGAACGAGGGUCCCAAUUGGCUGUGAAAAGGAGCAAAGGAUUCCUCGUCAGAAAAAACCUGCCACGUCUGAGUCCUCCACACCUCAAACUACAGCUAACACCAAGCCUCUUCAGAAAGACCUCAAAAAACCUCCUGGAGCUGCAUCAGGAAAGCCUACCAAUCAGAAAAGUGCAGCUAAAAGCCUAACGGGUGCCACUAAAGCCAAAGUCUUGGUUUCCAAAGUGAAAAACGUCUCUACCAAGCAGAUAUCUGAAACGAGAAAGGUUCCUGCGAAGGGAGCUGUGAAAAAGACUGUGGUGAAGAAAAAACCUUCCACAGCUCCAGAAAAACAGCCUGAUGUCAAAAAACCAUCUGAUGUCAAAAAACCAUCUGAUGUCAAAAAAACAUCUGAUGUCAAAAAAACAUCUGAUGUCAAAAAAACAUCUGAUGUCAAAAAACCAUCUGAUGUCAAAAAACCAUCUGAUGUCAAAAAACCAUCUGAUGUCAAAAAAACAUCUGAUGUUAAAAGACCAUCUGAUGUCAAAAGACCAUCUGAUGUCAAAAGACCAUCUGAUGUCAAAAGACCAUCUGAAACCACGGUUCAAGAAGCUGUGCCGAAAGACACGCCUAUUAUUAUUGAUGAUGAUGAUGUGAUCCUUAUUGAACCCCAGGAAAAACAUGACAAAGCUAAAGAUGCAGGAGAUGCUAAACCAAUGGAGGUUGAGGGAGUGGGAGUUAAAGUGGAACAACCCAUGGAUGUUGAAAGUUGUUCCCAAGAAGAAACUACUACAGAGGCUGUUCCAGAAAACUCAGCAGACAAAUGCAGGGAGAGUGAACCAGCAGAGGAGACCCAGCCGAUGGAAAGCUCUCUCAAAGCUUUACCAGAGGUCGAGCAGAGCACCGUCACAGAGUCCACUGCUGAAGCAUCGGAGACCAACACAGAGGCUUCAGAUGCUCAACAGGAAACUGCAGGAAGCUCCACCAAAGCACCUGUGGAUGCACAUCUUCCAGAAGUAGAGGUGGAGACGAAAACAAUUCAGAAAGGUCCUGGGACUAAAGCGAAGAAACAAAGCGGUUCACGAGCCGAGAAUGCCUCUGAAGUAUGUCAAGAUGAAUCGCUGACUUGCGAGGAACUUGUAGACAAAUACCUGUGUCCAUCGAGAAUAAGGACGCUGUUGCCGGAACUCUUGUUUAAGGCACUGUUUCUUAAAAAGAAUGUCCCGCACAUGCUCAUUUCCAACCUGCCGGAUUAUCGCGAGUCCAGCUACACUUUAAACGACAUCGUCCAGCAACUUAUUCCAUAUAUAGUUGACUGCUCUGAAAGAUUAAUCUAUGCCUUUCCUCAGUUGCGUUUGGCAUUCAUCUGUGUGCCAUCAUGUAAGCAUGUGCCGAAGCUAGUGGAAGCCUGUCAGAAGAAAGAGUUAAAGUUACAUGGUUGUGAGCUUACUUGCGACGGCAUGGAGCCCCCAUUUGUAAUGAGACCGCUUGGGUUUUAUAACUGGCUGAUGAAGUUCAUCGGUGAGAGCACGGUUCGUGAUGGAGAGAAUAUAGUCCUCAUCAACAACAUUUCACGGACAGAUUCCCUGAAGUUGAGAGAAACUUUGAAAGAAGUUGGUAUUCAUUCUGUCAGGAACUUCCUCCCUCUCCUCGAAAAGGUAUUUAUAGAAUUCGAUAUCAAAGCUGAUGUUGAUCGACUCGGAGCUUGGUACAGUCAGAACGGAGAGCCCUGCCACGAAAUCCACAGACUAAAAAAGUUUUUCCCAAAAAUGCUUCCACACAGUGGAAACACACCGCAAGAAGAACCUGGAAGUUUUUUUCUCACUCUGAAGAGUCACCCCUUCAUGUUUCCUACCACGACUCCUACCUUUGUCAUUCCUGAUUACCUGACAGUCAGAGGAGAGGACGACAUUGAGAAGGCCAGUGGUAGUGGCUCCAUGUUUCCCACCAUCAUGUUGACGGGUCUACCAGACGGAUUCUACAAAUACGAGGAGAUGGCAACGUUGUUCCUGAGCUAUUUCCCCGAACAGGACCUGGACUCCCUCUACUACAACGUGCUGAUCUUACCACUGCAGAAGAGGGCCUUUGUGUUAUUCGCUGACUGGACGAUGUGCUGCAAAUUUGCUCAAAGUCACAUCUCAAAACCAGUCAUGUUCGGAUGCCACACAAUCAACAUUCACUUCGUCUUGGAACCAAUACUUCCUGCAUCCAGUGAGGAAAUGAUGUACACGACUAUGAUGAAGUUAAGCGGCGGUAGAGUUCCAGAGCCAGAGUUUCUGCAGGAGCGCUUGUUGCGUGUGCAGUUUGUCGAUUGUCAACGAGUCGUCAUCACCGCGGUUUUGGAUCUCGUUGUCUCCGCUGCGCCAUAUGUCAACUUCCUGACGCUGGCCAACAGGGUACAGGAACAUCUGCACUUUUCACAUUUCAUUGUUGCAAACACUGCCAUGUGUCGUCAGACCUUAAGUCGUCUUUACAAGUAUUCAAUUUAGCUCCCUUAGAAUCUA